GUGAAGAGCAGACAUUGAAGGAGGGAGUGAGUACAUUGGUGAGUGGGAGGGUCAGAGCUGCUAGUUGCACCGAGAGCGGUGAAGGAGAGCAAGCUGUUAUAUUAUGGAUUGUGGUAUCCAGGUUAACGAUGCAGUUAUUGAAGCAUUCAAUACAAUGAAGAUCCACAACAAAAAGACAGUGGAAAGGACAAAGUUUCUUUUUUUGACCAUUAGUGACGAUGAUCAUUUCCUCAUUCUGAAUGAGGAACCCGACAGUGUAAAGCAAUCAACUGACGAUGACUAUCUGAAGUUCUUAAGCUACCUCAAACCUGAUUGUUGCUGCAUUUUAAUUUAUGAUGUCAGUUAUGAAACAGCAAACUCCAUCAUCAAGGAUGAUCUGGUGGCCAUAUGUUGGUGUCCACAAGAUGCACCACCAAAACAAAAGCUACAGUACGCAUCAGCAUCAACCACUCUGUCGAAAAAACUCCACGGUUUCAAGGCCUUACUGCAGCUCAAUUCCUUGGAUGAUAUAAGCCGCAGUGUCCUUGCUGAAAAGCUGGGGAAAGGUGUUGUGAAAAUAGAAGGAGUUCCAGUAUAGUAGAUGUGUUCUUAGAGUGCCAACUAUUGGAAAACUCCCUUGUUAUAAUUACACUUGUGAUUAUGUUCUUAAAUGUAUUCUAAGAUUGCUUCCACUUAUUUUUAACUGAUCUAUUCCAAAAUAUUCUUUCUAAAAGAUCAGUUAUCAGUUCUUAAUAAAAAUGAAAUUUUGGCCCUGCUAUAAGUGAUGGUCCAUUAAUGUACCUUCUCUAGACCAGAACAUGUUUAGUCUUUGUGCAACGUUGAAUGUUCCUUGCCAAAUUUGAUCAGUGCUUUGAGAUUUUUUCAAAACUAGAAUGGUUGAGUUGGAUUGAAGUUCACAGCAGUACUUGCAAAAGUGAGAGCCAUUGGCACUAUUAGUCUUGUUCCAUCCUACUUUAAAGGACUGCUAAAACCCUUUGACAAUGUGUAUUAAUACUGUUUCUGCUAUUAGUUAAUAAAACUAUAACUUUCAA